AUUCACUCUUCUGUGUCUAUAUUCAUUCUCCGGCUCGAUAGUCUCGUGGCCCCACUCGUCUGCAACAAUCCAAAACACAUCAAUGGCUACCACUCCAUCUUCUCUCCGAUCGCCGCCGCUAUUCACACCUCCACCACUUGAACUUAACAAUCACCGAGCAAUUGCUAAUUUCGGGUGUACGAAUUGUGGUGUAAGCAAACUUAGUUCACUCCCAUUGGGCAGAAAAUUGGUAUUGCGCUGUACAAAGGAGGACAAGAUGGAUGUGAAGACAUCGGCUGUUGCUGAUGGGAUUGCAGAAUGUUUAGAUAAUUCGGUGACAGAAACCGAGAUCAGGGAGCCCAGUGUAUCAACUAUAUUGAUGAAUUUUGAGAAUAACUUUGAUCCUUAUAAUGCAAUGAGCACACCCCUAUAUCAGACAGCUACUUUUAAACAGCCCUCUGCAACCGAAAAUGGCCCAUAUGAUUACACUAGAAGUGGCAAUCCCACACGUGAUGUGCUUGAAAGUCUCCUGGCAAAGCUUGAUAAAGCAGACCGAGCAUUUUGUUUUACCAGUGGAAUGGCCGCUUUAGCUGCAGUCAGUCGUUUAGUUAAAGCUGGUGAUGAAAUUGUUGCUGGAGAGGACAUAUAUGGUGGUUCUGAUCGCUUACUGUCACAAGUCGUUCCUGGGACAGGAGUCAUGGUUAAGCGAGUGGACACAACUAACUUAGACGAGGUUGCUGCUGCAAUUGGUCCCCAAACUAAGCUAGUGUGGCUGGAGAGUCCAACCAAUCCCCGAAUACAAAUUUCCGAUAUUCGUAAAAUAGCUAAGAUUGCUCACGCAAACGAUGCUCUUGUGUUGGUGGAUAACAGCAUCAUGUCUCCCGUACUGUCUCGACCCUUGGAACUUGGGGCAGACAUUGUGAUGCACUCGGCUACGAAAUUCAUUGCCGGGCACAGUGAUGUCAUGGCUGGAGUGCUUGCUGUAAAAGGGGAAAGGCUAGCAAAAGAAUUGUAUUUUUUACAAAAUGCAGAAGGCUCUGGGCUGGCACCUUUUGAUUGUUGGAUCUGUUUACGGGGAAUCAAGACAAUGGCUUUACGUGUUGAGAAGCAACAAGAAAAUGCACAAAAGAUAGCUGAAUUUCUCGCCUCUCAUCCGUUGGUAAAGAAGGUUAAUUAUGCUGGUCUUCCUAACCAUCCUGGACGCUCAUUACACUUCUCGCAGGCAAAAGGAGCAGGAUCUGUUCUUAGUUUCUUGACGGGGUCAUUGGCCCUCUCGAAGCACAUAGUGGAAACCACCAAGUUCUUCAGCAUAACCGUUAGUUUUGGAAGUGUGAAAUCGCUAAUAAGCAUGCCAUGCUUCAUGUCACAUGCAUCUAUACCAGCCGAAGUUCGUGAGGCGAGAGGUCUAACCGAAGAUCUUAUCCGUAUCUCUGUGGGGAUUGAAGAUGUGAAUGACUUGAUUGCUGAUUUGGACCAUGCAUUAAGAACCGGUCCGAUAUAGCUACGUUAUGUUUUGAUGAUUCAUAAAACAGUGCAUCAGGUCAAGCUCACGAGACUUAUUUUAUUACGAUAAACCUUGUUGCAGCAACACUUUUUUAUUGUGUUUGUAGAUAUAGUUUGUAUUUCGUAGACAUGGAAGCAUUUGUUUUUCUGAUAAAGAACCAAAAACCAACUAUGAAUUCUUGUUAAAUGGAGACAGUUAUUUGUUGGUUCUCUUUCAUAA